ACAAUAUAAACAUGGUGUGGCACGUGGUGUGAGAGUCAGAAAAGGAAAUCAUUCCAGAAAGAACGAGCAAAAUGAGAAGGGACUAGGGGGGGGGGGGCGUUGCCAAACACUCCUAAUCCAGAGUGAUCCUGUGAGUCAGCCUCAGACCAGAGCCAGAUUAAACUACCACUUCUUCACUGCCUGUAGGACAGAAAGAACAUAAACAGAAGCAGAGGAGUCCAAAACAAGCUGUUGGAUACUUAAGUCUUGUAAAUAACAAAAGUUAAUUUCUCCUUUUGCGUCUAUUGGAUUAUCAAAAAUUGGACAACAGCUGGCGACAUGGCGCUCCUGAGGUCAGGCUGGUUGUGGAGACAGACUUGUGUCCUAAAACGCUGGAAGUUAAAUUGGUGUGACCUUUGGAUAGACGGGAGUCUUUGCUUCUACAAGACUGACAGCAGGCGAGAGUUGGAGCACCGCGUCAGCCUCAAGACAACAUGUAUAGAUGUGCGGUCUGGCCUGGAAUGUGGAGGUGUGACUCCACCAGAGAGCAAUCCAAGGGAGAAUCUCAUUGUGGUUCAGCUUGCAGAUGGCUCAACAGUCAACCUGUGUGCCAACAGUGAGGAUGAAUCUAUAGCGUGGAAAAUGACUCUGCUAGAGACCAGGAGAAACCCGGUGUUCACAUAUGACCCAUAUGAUGACUCCUACCAGGCCAUCCCCCUUAACAGCUAUCAGACUGUCUACAUCGCACCUGGAGCAGGACCAGGUACCCACCAGGUGGUUGUUCAAAGGGACCCGUAUGAUACAGUGGCAGAACAUCUAGCACUGGGAUUACUGACAGGCUUGGCAGCAGGGGCAGCCAUGCGAUCCUUCCUCUGGAUGCCCUUCUUUUUCUGCUGAGAUGAUCAUAACUGACAUUACAACACUGCACACUGUCUGUCCCCACAGACAGGGAGCAUGACACCAGACGAGCAUGUGUAGAAUGGCUUUCUCUAGGUCAGCCUCCCAAAACCCCCUCAUCUUUUGUAUCAUCUGUUUUCUUAUCUGCUGUAACAAGCAGCUGGUCUUUUGGUUGUUCAGUUUUUUUUCAUAUGUGCAAUUUUGCACAUAAAAUGUACAAAUCUGUUAUGUUCUUCCUGCUUACAACACACUCGGUUUACUCAUGAGCAUUUGCAACAGGAGGUCAAUUUUGUAUCUGAAUGUUCUUUUAUCUGCUGCCUGAAUUUUACAAAUUACAAAGCUUAAGAAAACUUGUAGUUUGUAAAGUAUGUAGUCAGUACUAGAUAAUAAAUGGAUGUAUUAAAAUAUAAUUAAGGGUGAUCUUAAGUUAUUGUCUGGUUGCAUACAAACAAACCAUACCAAUUUUUUAACUACAUUGCUCUAGUUUGAACAAAAAAAUCCUUUUUCUGGAGCUUUCAACCAUGUUACAGAGCUUGCUCUGUUGUCACAGAGAUGGAUCUGUUGACGUGCAAACUCAAUAGCUGUUACGAUUUCAUCCAUAGCACUUUGAGGACCUCUCAUCCAUGUUAACUUAAAAGUUAAUCAUGCAAAACAAGCUCCCUCUGCUGAUAAAGAUCAUGUCAUAUGGCAUGAAGCUCAAGAAAAAGCUAGUAAGUGUACCUUGAGAUGGAGCUGUUAUGUCAAACUAUUAUUUCCGAGACGAAGAAUGAACUUUGGUGGUUAAGGUUUAAGCCUACCCAGACUAUAAGUUAUAAAAAUGCUUAGAUGAAAACAGCUACAAAGCUCAGUUUAAAUAGAUCCAUCUCCAUGGUAACCAAGCAAGCUCCAUCCACUGAUAAAGACCAUGAGUUGGGGUCAAAAGAUACAGAAAAAGCUAGUAAAUAGACAUUAAAAAAUUGUUUUUUGUCAAACUGCGUUUUCCACAGUGACAAUGACCUUUUUGUAUUAAUACAGAACCAAACCACAGAGACAUUUGAAAGUGGAAAUACAGUGAAUAAGCUGCAUUUUUGUUUUUAUUAGUCGUUUAUAUCCAAAAAGUAUGUCAACUCUGUACCAACGUGUUCUGAUUAGUAGCAAAGGUGUUUUCUUCUCAUACUAAUGAUGAUGCAAUCACCUCGAAAUCACCUCAAGAGACAGAGAAGACAUGAACUGUGAAAAAUGUUAUCUUACAUUAUUUGCAUGAUCCAGUGUAUAAUUUUGUGUAAUGGUUAAGAAAAACUGAAACUACAGUAACUUAAAUUAAUGUAAUUUAAGGAAGCAUAUCCCAGCUGUCCCUUAUAACCAGUAUUACUGAACAAUUCUUGCAGAACCUGAAACCAAGGAAACAGGAAACUUCAUUCUUUUCUUAUAUAAAAAAAAAGGAUUCGUAGCCUCAUCAUACCAAGUUGACGCCAUUAGGGGAUCACUGGUCUGCUGAGAUAGGCCAGUGUAAAGUUUUGCUUUAGACUAGUCUAAUGUGAGUGAAACAGCUUGAGAACGUUUGGUUACAUUGUAACCUUGGUUCUCUGAGUAAGAGACUAUCUCUCCACUCCGUUACAUAUUGCAUAUGUACGGGGAUGAUCCCCCUGCUGUCAAGGUACAUGGAUACUUCUUUAAGGCACCAGCUUGCCCGGUCACGCCCCACAGCUUACCUAUAAAGCACCUGUGCUGGCGUGUAAUCACUGAUAGUUUGAUCGAAACGUGUCUCCGAGCGGCCUCAAGCUGGAGACAUAGUCUCUCACUCAGAGAACAAAGGUUACAACGUAACCAAACGUUCUCUAUCGUAUCGAGACUAUCUCUCCACUCUGUUACAUAUUCCAUAUGUACAGGGUAACUCUUUAAGACACCCUGUGAGGAGACAGUGCAGCCCACAAGCCCAAAACACCGAUAUGUGACAAACGAACUAUUUACAAAUGUACACUAUUCACACACCAACCACGUCAAGGCCCCACAAGACGCAGAGGCCAAACAUGUGGACAUAGCAGCCACUCAAAUCAGCCCGCAAGACGCAAAGCUGACGUAGGGAGACAAACAAAAGAGGCCCAGCCGGCUACAGAGGAAGCAGACCCAGCACCUGUUCCCUGAAGCGGCAGGGAGGCUGCCCGUAGACAGAUGCUUAGCUACAAUUUAUGCAGGUAAGCGGACGACAAGCUGCAACUCGCACACUGUCCUUCACUUCUCACGCACUUUCAGAAAACAGACACUACACCUUGACUCAGGUGGAGAUCAAACAAUAAGUGAUUACACACCAGCACAGGUGCUUUAUAGGUGAACUGUGGGGCUUGACUGGGCCACCUGGUGUGUUUUAAAGAAGUAUCCACGUACCUUGACAGCAGGGGGAUCAUCGCCGUAUAUAUGGAAUAUGUAACGGAGUGGAGAGAUAGUCCCGAUAUGAUAGAGAACAGACAAAGUAAUUUUAAGAUGAAUACGUCAGCAGCCCUAUUACAGUAAUAUCUCAGAAGCUCUGUGUUUCCAAGGUAAAAAUUACUGUGGCACCAUUGUUUAUCCCAUAAAACUUUCUUUACAUCCCUCAAAACAAUGAGCCUGCCCACCAUAUGUUGGAACAAUUUCUGAUGUCUUUUAAAAGCUUUUCUGAUUACCUUUGACAAUUGUAUUGACUAUACAUCAUUUAAACACUUGACUGUGAUAGCUACUUCUAAUAAAUUAUUGCUGCUAUUGCUACAGUUCAUUGUCUGGUAAAGUGGACUUAUAACUGCUAAACUGUACAAGAAGGGAAAAAAAUUCUGCAAAAGGGAAGAGAGUGG